ACACAUGGAAGAGUUGAGCGCUAUCAUUUCUCCGGUCGGUGGUUUGAGAAAGAGCUGGAUCCAUCUUCUGCACACCCAUAUAAAGCAACAGGAGUACAGAAAUAUUAAACAGUUAACUCCGCUGACCCCAACGCGCUCGAGACGGGCAGACAGGCGCGACACGGCGCGUGUCUUUUAAGAGAAUUUACAGGGAACAUACUUGGAUCUGGAUAAUCAUGAGUGAGCGCUUUGACUGUGACAACUGCAAGGAGUCUCUGUAUGGCAGGAAGUACAUCCAGGCAGAGGACAACCCUUACUGCAUCCCUUGCUACGACAGCCUGUUUGCAAACACCUGUGAUGAGUGCAAGGAGCUGAUUGGUCACGAUUCUAGAGAGUUAUUUUACGAGGACCGUCACUAUCACGAGCACUGCUUCCGCUGUUUCCGCUGUGACCGCUCUCUGGCCGACGAACCCUUCACCAGCCAGGAUGACGCUCUUCUGUGCAACGACUGCUACUGCAAUGAGUUCUCCUCCAAAUGUGUGGCCUGCGACAAAACUGUCAUGCCUGGCACCAGGAAGCUUGAGUAUGGCGGCUCCACAUGGCAUGAGGGCUGUUUCAUUUGCAACAGCUGUCAACAGCCAAUUGGCUCCAAGUCCUUUAUCCCAGACAAAGACGACCACUACUGUGUACCCUGCUAUGAGAACAAGUUCGCACCACGUUGUACUCGAUGUAAACAGGCCCUAGCUAAAGGUGGUGUGACCUACAGGGACGAGCCGUGGCACAAGGAGUGCUUUGUGUGCACAAGCUGUAAGGUUCAAUUAGCCGGCCAGCAUUUCACUUCUCGCGACGACAGCCCGUACUGCAUCAAAUGUUUUGGCAACCUGUACGCUAAGAAGUGUGUAGCCUGCAACAAACCAAUCACAGGUUUUGGCGGAGGGAAGUACAUCUCAUUUGAGGAGCGGCAAUGGCACCAGUCCUGCUUUACCUGCUCUCGAUGUUCUGUGUCACUGGUGGGCGCAGGCUUCUUCCCUGAGCAAGACGAGAUCCUUUGUCGCAACUGCAACAGCAACCUAUAGAACAGAGCUAACUUCUACACACCUCUCCUCACCACAACACAAUCACACACACAUGUACACAUACAUCUCUUAUUCAAAACCUCUGUUCCUUCACAACAACUUCUGAAAGAUCUCUCUUAAGACAUACCCAUGGUGAUACUGGAACCUCAGCCCGGAACUAUGAAAUAGUUUUGGCAGUGCGAAAGAGAUCACAGCAGACCAGUUUUCUAAACCUCACACACAGCAUUGAUCUUAGCUUAACCACAAUAUUCAAACGUAAGCAUAAAUGCAAAACUCUGGAGGCUUUGAUUUCUGUGCUGUUUUCUGGUUUGUUUUGCUAGUUUAUGACUGAGAUUUUAAAAUGAUGCACCAAGGAGUGCCUUUGAGAUGUGAAAGCUACAAUACAAACUUAUGAACCAUACCUAGUGCCUUCUACAAUCCAGAGUCUAUAAAUGUUUUGGUCUCUAAGCAGAAUAAAUAUAAUUUCAUGUCUCGAGUCAACCGAUCUACUAGUUAUUCCCAUUUUUAUUUGUCCUGGCCAUCUGAACUGUCAUUAGGCUAGUAGAAGUCACUAAUGGGUCUGUUUAUAGCCUGUGAAAGAACAUUUUCCUAAAUGCUAAAAGGUCAAAAAGUUUGCCAUUAUGCAAAAGUGACUGAAAUCCCAUUUCUACUUGUUUCCACUUCUCUGUUAUAGAUCAAGUGUAGUAACAGGAAUGGAUACACAAAUUAUUUAGCUUUCCUUGGGAUAACAGCAGCCACUCAUUGAACAUUUAAGCAUUUACAUCAUAUAAAAAAUGGCUGUUAAAUGUAAGGUUCAAUUUGUGAGCACUUUUGCACUGGGGAUACCGUGAAGUCACCCAUCGGUUUCUGAAGAUUUUUGAAGCUUAAAGUAGGCGGUGCCUGCCUUCGCCAUCUUGGCAGCGUGUCACUGCGCAUCACUCGCAGAUAUCCGAAAAUGGGUAGAGAGGCGAGAUGUGGGGGGACCUGAGGUGACUGGUUGCUGAAACCACUCCCGCCUAGCUCGACUCUAGUGACUGCAGUGGCUGUUCAACCGUCACUCAAGUGGCCACGCCCUUAAUUAUGCAGAACUUUAUGGCUUAAUAUCAUUUAAACGGAUGAGUUUUAAAAAAAUGUACCCCGCUCACAGUUGUCAUGAAUGGUAAAAUUAGCUAUACAGACCAGAAACACUUUUUGUAUCAGGCUGUAAACAUAUUAUUUUCUACUGUAAAGUUGGCCAUUUUAACAUGGAGGUCUAUGGGAAUUAACUCCCUUUUGGAGCCAGCCUCUAGCGGCCAGUCGAUGAAUUGCAGUUUAAAUCACUUGCGUAUGGCUUCAUCAGAGAGAUCGGAAAGUUGCCCCUCGGUUUUAGUUCACUAUCUUUCCUAGCAGAAUUUGUCCAUGACAUCAAACGUCAAGUUGCAUGUGCAUUUAAUAAAAUGGAAAUCUUAAAAAGCUUAGCAAUGGCAUAUAGAAAAACCAGAAAUGUUUUUGCAGAACAGAUAUUUGUGAGAAAGUAUGCAUUUUAUAUACAGUUGGACAGACUUGCAUUUGCACUAUGGCUUAAAUUACCUAUAAAAGCACACAAACUAGCUAGAUACAGCACGCAUACACUGUAUAUAAACAAAUUAUCUACUUAUUUCCUUUCUUCUUUUUUUGUUUUUUAGUGUUUAACAAUGCAUCUGGCUACAUUAUGGCCUUAAGUCAUUUUUAUGAACAUUUUCUAAAUAUUCAGAGCAAAUUAAAUAAAACAUUUGUUUAAAUAUGCAAAAAAA